CACAUUUGAAGAUGUUUAAAUGGAAAUAGAAUACUCACGAUACUAAUGAAAGGCCGAAAUGGUGAAAACCAUGGCCGUAAAAUAGGAAUUAAAAAGAAAACUUACUAUAAUAUGGCGGCGAGAGAAAUUUUGACAGGCGGGCUGAUUGGAUGGAAAUUGAACAAAGUUGAAAGUUGAAAGCUCACUGAAAGCUUGUUGUAUGAAAGGAAGGAAGCUUGCAGUCCUGGUUUUCAUGUAUUCGUUUUCGAAAUCAAAGCAAAAUGUUUUUCGUUUAUUUUGUGACAAAUUGAGUAAAACUAAAAAUUAUUAGAAGAACAGUUUUGUUAAAGUGAUUUAAAAGGAAUAAACAUGGGGAUGUCACGUUGUUAUUCUCUAAUGAAAUGUUUGCUGAUUAUGUUUAAUAUAAUAUUAUUGUGCGUGGGCAGCGGGGCUUGCGGGUUCGCGGCGUGGGCGCUGUGGGAGGGCGGGGCGGCGGCGGAGGCGGAGGCCGGCGUGGAUUCGGUGGCGGCGGGGCGCGCCGGGCUGGCGGCGCUGGCGGCGUGGGGCGGGGCGCUGGCGCUGGCGGCUCUGGCGGGCGUGUGGGGCGCGGCGCGGGGCUCGGCGGCGCUGCUGGGCGGCGCGGCGGCGCUGCUGGCGCUCACGGCCGCCGCCGAGGCCUCCGCCGCCGUGUGGGGCGCCGCGCACCUGCCGCGCCUGCGUGCCGCGCUGCUGCAGCGCCUGCACCACACCGUGCGACACGACUACGGCGUGCUGCCCGCGCGCACGCAACUCAUCGACGCCAUACAACAAGGGCUAGAGUGUUGCGGUGCGAAUGAUAUGCGCGACUGGCAGAACUCUGCGUGGGCACGCAUGGAGGCAGGAUCAGGGACGGCUGCAGGAGGCACACCUGGGGCUCUGGACUUGUCAGUUUCUGCAGAUCCUCAAUACUAUCUGGUGCCACCUUCCUGCUGUCUGGUGAGUCGUUUUCCAUAUAAACUUCCAACUCACUUUUCACCCCUUUAAAUAAUGAUUUCUGGGAUAAUUAUGGCUAAAAUAAUUAAUAUGGUUAAAAUAAUGUAGUCAAAGGUCAAUUACUGCUAAAGGCGCAAGUCUUCCAUAUCGAUGGCAUUGGAAGAAUAGGCCAGGGACUUACCAGGCAAACUCAGUGUGGAUUGGUGAGCAGCAACGACUGCAGAUGGAACCUGGACCAAAGGCUUAACGUGAUUUAAACUUAAAAUGAUUUGUUUUUGAAAACUCAACUGAUGGUUGGUUAUUGCGAAAAUGAUUUAACUGCCAUAUCUGGUGAUCGAAUGCGCUAAACGACGUGUCAUCGAGCUUCUCAAUUCCUCAUAUUGCUAUUAUUUUACAGAAUUGUAUUUGUGGGAUGGUGGUGUAAUUGUUGGACAGGCGCGGUGUCGAAUGCCGAGUGUGAUGUUCGGGGGUAGGAGCACUGGGGCGUUCUAGCCGCACUACGGGCAAGGCAUUAACUUCUCUACUUAUGGUAUAGAGAGAAUUGACCGUGCUUAGCAUGCGGAUCUAGCGUUAACGACUGCAGAUGUAGUCGGGAUCAACAGUCUAACGUGUCUUUAGAACUACGGAGCAGUUCGGUUGCAGGAUUCAGAUCAGUGCCAUUUUUGCGCGCGCCCAAGGCCCUACAAUCGCGUCGCCAUUAAGUUUGAAUCGUAUUUCUUAUGUAGUUGAUAUGUUUGUUGACGACUUUCGGGGCCGAGUGGUUUAUACUUCGGGUUUCAUGGUGUCACCGACUCGAAAGGUCCCCGGGUUUGAAUCUCGGGGGGGGGGGGGGGGGGGCAGAUGUUUGGGUGAUGAGUACGAACAUUUGCACUCCAGUCAUGGAUGUUUAAUAUGUAUUUCUAUUAAAUAAAACAAGUUUUAAAGGCUUAAUGCACGAAACUUUAUUUAUUUAUUCACGUUUCGCAGCCUUUUCAGGUUUGCUUCGUCAGAUUACAGUAUUCUGUAUUAACCCGUUAAAACUAGUUUUAUUUAAUGAGUGAUGUGCGUGAAAACCUACGAAACAAAUAGGUAUUUCUAUAUAAAUAUACUUAUAUAUGCAAUGGUGUCAAUUCUGGCGCGUUCAUUUCAUUCUGUAUAGAGAAGAACAAGGAUGCACUGUUGUGAAAUUUAAAUUUAGCUUUAGAGAAUCGACAUCAAUGUAUAUGUAUUUCUAUAUAAGUGUACUUAUAUAUGCACUGUAUAUGUAUUCUAUCCGGUACUCUAAUAUUCCAUAAUACAAGCCUCACAGAACUUGCUUUGGGGUUAGGCUAAUGAGGGCUACCGUUUUCUGUCUCACCAGAUGGCGCCACUGUUGAGUGAGGUCCUAAAUUGUAACUUUUAAAGUUUAUUAAUGCGCACAUGAAAUCAAAGGUUACAUUUAGAUCGUAUUUUAACACAAAAGAACCAUAUCCUAAACAUAAUAGGCCAUGCCACAGUGACGCGCAGUUCCGUUUUAUUCGGAAAAAAUGGGAACAAUAAUUUUUCUAAGCUCAAAUUUUUAAUAACUGACAUUCAUUGCCACAUAACUCAUAUUUGCCAUAAUCAAGCCGAAUUGUUACCAAUUAUUCACAACAUUAUUUUAAUAAGAAAUAAACCCGCGUAGUCAACCAACAAGCAAUAACAUUUGACAUUUCGGAGACCUCACGUUACACUAGCGCCUCUAGCGGCGGAUUCAUACGCGAUAGCCCUCGUUGGGGUGCGUUGGCAAUAUUUUUUUAAUUUCUUUGUGGGAAUAUGUGAUAACGUCGGUCGGAUGCGGUGGUCAGAUGCCGGAGUCGGAGGCGUGCGGGAGGUCGGAGGGCGGGUCGGGGUCGGGGUCGGGGGUAGCGGGGGUAGCGCGGCGCGUGCCGGCGGCGUCGGGCGGGGGCGCGGGGCUGCACCGGGCGUCGUGCGGCGCGCGCGUGCUGGGGGCGCUGCAGGCGGGGGCGCGCGCGCCGCUCACGGCCGCCGGCGCCUUGCUGGCGGCGCACGCCCUCGCCGCGCUACUAGCACUCGCGCUGGCGCUCACCGCCACCGCGCAACAACACAGGUACAAGGCCUGAACACACCGCGCACCGACACACAUACAUACCACGUCCUCAUACCCCGCACACACUAUAGGGUAGAGAUCGUCUUAUCUAAUACUACCUCCACCACGCUCAGACGCGAGAACAGAUCGAGAGGCCUCCUCUCUUUCUCCGAAACGAACUUUCGAUAACGAAGUUCAAACGAAAUUUAAUUUCGUCGAUUUAAUUUGAACGAUAAACUAUCAAAUUCAAGCUUUCUUUGAGUAGGCUUAGGAAAUCUACACCUCGAAUCUAUGUUCCGACGACGAAUAUCAUUAUAAUUAAAAACUACCCAGAAAUAUAGAAAAAAAGUGCGAAGUUCUGAUUGAAAUUUAGUUUUUCGUUGAAUUAGAGCAGACCUCCUGGUCGUGUCGGUUGAUGGUGAUGGGAGUUUGGUACUUUGUUUGACGUGUUUGGCGUUUGUUACUGAACGACAAACGUGUGCAGACUCCAUAAAGCCGAACGCCCCUCACACAACAGUCGGUGUACGAUUGCAACACACUCGAAUUAGCUGUAGUCAUUGGUGAUUCGAUUGAUUCUACCGCCGUUAAGAUAUGCGUAGCAGCACGCUUCUGUCAAUCAUAAAAGUAACAAAAAUGUGAAGAAUCCUUCAGUUUUAGAUAAGAGGAUCUCUAAUUGACUAACUCAAAAGUCCCAAUAGUUUUGUCAGACAAAAUGUCUUAUUAUGGAAUAGAAGUUAAUGGAGACGGAUGACUCAGGCAGUGACGUAACUAUGACGACAACUAGAAGCACUCCAAAGCGCUCCAUAUAUUAUUUAAUUUUUAGUAUUUGUCAUUUCGACAACAGAUUGUUCUUAUCGUGCACUAUACGAAAUGACACAAAAAGACUUAUUUACAAAAAGCAAAUACGAAUAGCCAUAUGAAGUGCCGGCAUGAAAUUAAAAAUAUGUAAUACGAAGCAUUUUGUAACGCUAAUUGUCGUCAUCGCUACUGCAGAGCCGUCCGUCACCACGCACUUUUAUUUCAAAUAACACCUUGUAACCCCUCGUUUACACCUAGAAACAAAUCAUAUACUUAUAGUUUUGCAUAAAACAUGUAGAAUACUUGUUGUGGCAUUGUUUCGUUUUCACUGCAUAUACAACGAGUCUCUUCACAAGUACAAAUUACUAUUUUACUUCACACAUUUUGUGUAUCCAACAAGUUUGAUGCAAGUAUUGUAUACAACAUAUUUUAUACAUAUAAUAAAAUUAAGACUUUGUAAGGUACCUUAGGUAACUAAGGUCUUUUGAAGGUAGCUGAACAAAGUAAAUAAAAAAUCAUUAUUCCGACGGCGCAUCCUGCAAAGGAUGCGAAACGGCAAUAAAUAAAUAAAAUCAGUGCAUCUAACCAAACAAGUUUCAACUUGUUUCAUUUAAUGAGUGAUGUGCGCGAAAACCUAAGAAACAAAUAUAUUAAGACUUUGUAUAAAAUUUGUUAUAUACAUACAUGUAUUAUACCUUGGUGUAAACGAGGGGUAAAAACGGAAAUUGUGUUUUGAAUGGAAUAAGAAUUUGAAAGAGCGCAUUGUUUAUUUAGAUUAGAAGCCACUUAAACCCUAAACAACACUCAUAUAAUAAGUUUAGUCAACCACCCUAUUCCUCUACUCCGAUGUUUAUUUACAAGGUGACACUAGUAAGUGGACACCAAAAAACGAAUUACUAAGAAAUAGUAGACCUUGUAACUUCUGUUUAUGGUACUGCAGUACAUUUUCUCUAAGCAGUACCGUUAACACGAACCAAUAUCGAAUUCGAAUGGUUUGCGAGUGGGAAGUGUCAUUGCAAAUGUGUACUGAAUUUUAGUUCUCGUUGCGUCCGUUAUGGCGCUGCUGUCAAGUUUCCAUACAAAAUUUGUCGAUUUCGGACUCGCACACUAUUCGAAUUCGAUAUUGGUUCGAGCUAGGUGUACUGUACCCGAUUGUGAGUCCGACAUAUCAAUGUCAAAAUUUGUAUGGAAACUUGAAUAACAGCGGCACUAAGUACGUAACGAAAAAUCAGUACACACUUGACAAUGACAUUUCGAACUCGCAAACGAUACGAAUUCGAUAUUGGUUCGUGUUAAGGGUACUGUCCCAUCAAAUUUCUUCCUUUUGGAAUCUCUUCAUAGAUUAAAAAAAUGUGUGCGUGUACUAGUGUACACACGUAAGAAGUGAAACUUCUUUAUGGCCUUAUUUUUUUCGAAAAAUGAUCUACAUGCAACUUUCCAGAAAUAUAUAUAUAGGCGUGCGCUAAGAUUUUUCAAAAACUCACCCACUAAAGGGGUAUAACUACACCUUACCUUACCUUACCUUACCUUACCUUACCUUACCUUACCUUACCUUACCUUACCUUACCUUACCUUACCUUACCUUACCUUACCUUACCUUGUGUGAAACACGAAUAUUUGUUGUCGAUACUUUUUUUUUUAAAGUUGACAGAAGAAGCAAUUGUUCGGAUGAGGUAAAUAGUGCUCUUUUAAAAAAAAGAUGGCGCGUAACCAAAAAACGUGACGCGUAACCGAAUAAAAAUGUGACGGUAAUUUUUUUUCCAACGCCGAUAAAGAAGUUUCACUUCAAUAAUUAAUUAGUCAACUCGUCGCACGUGUCAUGCGUUGUCGACGGUUCUCUUAGUGUCACUGAAAUUAAAAUAACUUUAAUAAUUGUCAAAUUCCAUUCAACUCUCACACCCGUUGAGAUUAGCAAAUGACCAGUUGAUAACUUUGUUUUGACAUUAAAUUGAAUUCCUUUUGAAAUCUCAAAGACUGAUCGCGAUCGGAAAAGACGUCUGGAAUCCGUUCACAUUUGAUAUGAGGCUCUCUGUAUUGUAUUGGCCGGACGGCUCUGCGUCUCGUAUUUGUAAGGAAAAUAAACUUUAUUUUAAAAGGAUUUAAAAAUAAAGUUAAUUCUUGGCAUAAUAUAAAAGUAAAAAAAAAUACUCAGUAGAUAAUGGCUUUGACAUCUACUUGGCUGAACGCACUGAAAUCAGUCUAUCUCUCUCUAGAGAUUUAGGUUCAAGUACGAAAGAAAGAGAGGAAAUACUCCUACGUGUCACUUACCAAUACGAGGCUGACAGAGUGUAACGGUAUAUUUUGUACCUUAUUAUAACAUAGUUUUGAUAAUGUGGAAAAUUGUGUCUAUCUUUGAAUACUGAAUAUUAAUAAGUAAGUAACAUAAAAGUCUCUACUUAUAUUUAACUUAACUGAACAAACAAACUAACAUAGCUUAAGGUAGUGACUUAACCAAAUGUGUGCUAGAUUUAAGAAUAUAAUGUUGAUAUCAAUUAAUAUUUAUUAAUACAAGCAUGUGCAGAUGCGUGUCAGAGUGCAUCAUGUUAUCCAAAGGUUUUUGAUGAAACCAUAUAAAUGUUUACAUAUACACUGGUGUCGAUUCUGGCAGCAUUCUCUAAACUUAAAACUAAAUUUAAUAUCAGUCUGUCCUUUUUAUUCUAUGUCUAGAAUGACAAGGAUACACUGUUGUCAAAUUUAAGUUUAGCUUUAGAGAAUCAUGCCAGAAUCGACACCAUUGUGUUCUUGAGGUUAUACACUAACUUUGGCAUGUUAUUCAGACUAUUAAAUUGAUCUUUUUUUACUAUGGACACUUUUAUGAAUUCCAAUUUCUUUAACAUUUUUUAUUUUCAUACAAACUAAAUGCUUAGAUAUAAUUUAUCUAAUAUGAAUUACUCUUUACCUGAGCUGGCAACGUCGCAUUUGAAAUUUUGGUUCACAUGUCGACAUAAACUUUUUGAAACUUUUCUUGACGUCAACAAUGUUUUUUUAAAAUUUUGACUCUUGAAACUAUGACUUAAUGACCAUUGACAAAGAGUUGAUAGUUUGAUAGUUUUGGUUGCACAAAGUGGCAACAUCUCACAGAUAAAGACUCUUUCUCACUGCGCAAUACAAUGAAGUUGGUUAAACUUAAAUUACCAAUAACUUAAUCACUAUGCUAUUUAAACUACUACUUUCUUUGUACGAUAUGUUUAACAAUAGCUAUAGAAGUAUUAUUCAAAGUUAAUGUAUAUCCUCAGGAACACGGUGUAUAUGUUCAAAUGAUAAUGUAGUGCCAUAAUAUGAUACUUUAAUGUUUUACAACUGACAACUUUCUUUGUAAAAACAAUAUUAUUGUUCCACUUAAUGAAAUAUCAGUAUUUCUUUGAGAAUCUUGUUUUAAUAUACAACUACUGUACCUUACUUGAUGUCUAUUUAUUUAUAUGUACAUACAUACAUGUUAUAGUUUAUUGUAUUCAUUGUAUUAGAAAAUACAUUAUUGCAAACUGUGCCGCCUGACAAACUUGUAUCUCUAUAAUGUUAUUUACAUACUGUGGGUUCUCUGAUACUCUGCAGUUUGCUUAUUAUGAGGCUGCUUAUUUAUCUUAUUUCUUAUUUGUAUCUUUUAUCGUGGUAGUCCCUUUCAAACCAAUAUACUGAAACGUACAUUCGGAGUAAAUGUUUCGUUUACAAAUAAAAAACCGAGACAGUACUUGGUUUAAUCCAAGUAUAACUUAAGUUACCGUUUCUUCAGAAGAUGGUGUAUAUCGUGAUUUUAAAAAGACAGACGACCAUCAGAGAAACAAUUGCAAAGUCCAAUAUUUUAUGUGUAAAGGUAGCUUCCAAAGAUUGUAUCCAACUUGUAAUGAAGUAAAAUAGAGGUUUUGGAAUGGACUACGAUAGAUUUUCCAAGAAUACUGUAUUAUAAAAUAACUAACUUGGUUUUGUUUCCUUUUUACUGUACGCAGAUUCCAUACCUGUACAAUUAUACGGCUUCGAAUUGUUUAUGUUUUAAAGAUUUAAGUUUGGGCCGACCGUUACAUUCCCGAAGAUUUUUCAAAUAUAAAAUUAAAUAUAAAUCUGAUCGUACCAGAAGUUGUUCAUUUUGUAUUUUUAUACGAAUAAUAACAUAAUAUUUACACCUCGUGUCGUCUAUACUGUCAGUAUAUAAAUAUAAUAUUGUGUGAAAAUGUAAUUUUAAAAUGUCACCCUCCGAUAGAUGUCGCCGGGGCACUUGCUUGUUAUAAUGGUAGAAGUUAGUUUAUAAGUUUAAUUGUGUACUGACACGUCGUGUGUAGUGUUCGUUUCUGUUUUCAUUGUCUAUGCGUGUGUACCGUGUCUAUGAUUUGUAACCAAAGAUCCGUGCUCUUCUGAUCUGAUGAAAAGACUGUCCUCUGUACUUAAUACCUACAAAGCUCUGGCGAUUGGUGCAGCGCGGCUCGCUUAAAGUCAUAAUAGUACAGAACAUAUAAUUUACCUGUCAGUGAAGUCCGGUUAGCGUCUAGUCAAAUAUUCGAGUUUGGUUUUUGGUAAGCCCGCGCCGCAACGCCGCACGGUGGAAUAU